AUGAAUGGUAAUGAAUAUAAAAACAUGACCUAUAAUCCUAAUGGUUCAUUACUUGCUCAAUUGAAUAUAAAAAGUAAAUUAAUUUGUGCAGCUCAAUGUGCACAUCAAUAUUUUACCUGUAAUACUGCUGAAUUUGAUGACACAGUUGUUCCUCAGCGUUUAUUAUACAGUGAACCAUUAAUUAUUAUCAAUCUUGUUCAUUCGAUUAAUGCAAUUGUCUUCAAUUUUCAAAAUGAAAAGUUUAUAGAUAAUAUUUAUAAUAACACAUUUAUAGAGGAAGAAAUUUAA